GAAAUCCAAUCUACAAGCAAUGCUAGAUAGAGUCUAACUUAAAUAAAGGGACAUCAAUCGGCAACUUAUAAAUACAACUAAUAAGCAUUUGGAUCACACAAAACUCUGUCUAAAAGCUAGAACACAAAGCUGUAAGCCGUAUUACACCAUUUCAAUACCACCCAUCUCCUAAGGAAAAUGUCUUCCCAAGUUUAUUCAACUCCUGCUUCAAGUCAUGAUACAAUGUCCAACAACGAAAAUCGGCAUUUGGCCAAUUUCCGUCCUAACAUUUGGGGGGAACUUUUCCUCUCUUGUCCUUCCGAAGUGAAUAUGAAUGCUACGACUCAACUACGAUUUGAAGAAUUGAAGCAAGAAGUGAGGAGCAUGUUGGCCACACCCAUGGAUAAGCCUUCCCAAAAAUUGUACUUAAUUGAUGCAGUCCAGCGCUUAGGUGUGGCUUACCAUUUUGAGAAAGAGAUUGAAGAUUCCUUAGAAAAUAUAUAUCCCAAUUGCAAUGUUGAGAGAGAUGAUGAUCUCUGCAGUACAUCAGUUCGAUUUCGAUUGCUUAGAGAGCACGGGUUUAAUGUUCAUUGCGAAUCGUUCAACAAGUUCAAAGAUGAGAAAGGAAAUUUCAAGGCAUCCUUAAUUAGUGAUGUGAGAGGCUUGCUAGAAUUGUAUGAAGCUGCACACCUGCGAGUGCAUGGAGAACAGAUACUCGAAGAAGCUCUUGCUUUCACCUCCUCUCACCUAAAGUCGGCAGAAACUAUGGUAGAGUAUCCUCUCUCGACACAAAUUAAUAAUGCGCUGAAGAGGCCCCUGCGCAAGAGCUUGCCAAGACUGGUUGCCAGGAACUACAUUUCCAUAUACGAAAGAUAUGUUACUCAAGAAGAUACUUUAUUGGAAUUUGCAAAGUUAGACUUCAAGUUGUUACAGCAUUUGCACAAGAAGGAGAUAAAAGAGGUGUACAGGUGGUGGAAAGGCUUAGAUGUUGCAAAGAAUUUUCCUUUUAUACGAGAUAGAUUGGUCGAAUGUUACUUGUGGAUGUUGGGAGUGUACUUUGAACCCCACUAUUCCCUUGCUAGAACGUUCCUGACCAAAGUAAGCGCGCUGACAUCGAUUUUGGAUGAUAUAUAUGAUGCAUAUGGCACGCGUGAAGAACUUAAAAUCUUUACAAAUGCAAUUCAGAGGUUAAUUAUUUCCAGGUGGGAUAUCAGCUGCAUAAAUCAACUUCCACACUACAUGAAAGUGUGCUAUACUGAACUUUUAAGUGUUUAUAAAGAAAUGGAAGAAUUGAUGGCCGAGCAAGGGAAAUCAUACCGUGUCCAACUUGCCAAAGAAGCGAUGAAACAACAAGUUCAAGCCUUCUAUGCUGAGGCCAAAUGGCUCCAUGAAAAUUACACGCCAAAGCUGGAAGAGUAUAUGUCUAUUGCAUCAGUAACCUGUGCUUAUCAUAUGCUUACAAUUACAUCUUUUGUUGGCAUGGAAGAUACCAUAACAAAAGAGACCUUUAUUUGGGCAUAUAAUUACCCGAAGAUUCUUAGAGCUUCAACAAUAAUUUCUAGGCUGAUGAACGAUAUUGCCAGUCACAAGUUUGAGCAAGAGAGAGGGCAUGUUGCCUCAGCCGUCGAGUGCUACAUGAAACAAUACGGCGUAUCAGAGCAAGAGGCAUACAAUGAGUUUGACAAGCAAAUUAAGAAUGCUUGGAAGGAUAUAAACCAAGAGUUCUUGAAGCCAACAGUAGUUCCAAAGCCAGCUCUUAAUCGAAUUCUCAACCUCACACGGGUAAUUGAUCUCCUUUACAAGGACGAAGAUGCGUAUACAAAUGCUGGGGAAGCAGCAAAAACUAGCAUCACAUCCUUGUUGAUUGAUCAGGUCCCAAUUUGAAUGAAAAACAGAAUCAGAGUUGCAUGAAAUAAAUCUAGUGACUGUCACUUAAAUUUAAAAAAUAAAGAUUGCCAAUGUUCGUUUUACUUCUUAGGCUUUAGCCAAGUUCAAGUGAAAAUUCCGUAGUCUUGUAAUUAGUUUUCGUUUGUGUGUGUUGUAUUGUUAUUUGAUUUUUGGUUCAUUUGUAACUUCCAUGCUUUGAUAAUUCUUAAUCUAUCUUUCCACAACUCAGUGUUUGGUUUCA